AGGACCUGAGGCGACGCUGCGAGCAUCCCCGUCCCCGAAGGGUACAAUGGGCUCCAGCAUGCGAUCCCUGCAGGCGACCACCUCGGACUUCGGCCACGGGGAGCGGGAGAGGCGCGCGUGGCCGCUCCCGACCGCCGACCACCGGGCCUGCGCCGACCUGUUCGUGCUCUACGCGUACAACAUGUACCGCCGGCGUGAUAUUACCCGCAUGUGGCAGACUUUGUGCGGCGGCUACGAGCGCAGCAUGGACACAUAUGCAGAGCUGCUGAAGCGGAACCCAGCCUUGAAGCCGAUGCUUGAGUCAAUCUCGGCCCAGCUGAAGCGUGGAGCGGUGGUUGGUUACGACAAGGCGUUCAUCGCUAAGCACACUGGGGGCGACGACGCUGGCAGCGCAAAGGGCCGCACGGCGGACGCCGACCUCUUCAAGCGGAAACCGAAGCAGGCGGCGUUCGACUCGACGUUCCCGCGCGCACCGGGGCCCCAGCAGCCUUCGAUGAUGUCGGAGGCCUCGAUGCUCAUCUCCCCCGAGAAGUCCAAGGACGACGGCAUCCAGGUGACGCCAGCACAUUGCUGGGGGUUCGGCUCCUGGCUCUGGCUCAACUGGGAAGCUGGACAGCAAAUGCAGAACACAUCGAAGCACGCCCAACGACUUGUGUCCACGAAGUUCAAGCAUCCAGUCCUCACCCCUCGCCUGGAGAUCACGGGGGACUAUCUCACGAAGUACCUGAAAGAGAUGGACGGCGACGACUCGCAGUUCAAAGACAUCAGCCCUGCCGUGGCACCGCUGUCUACAGGCACGAGCCCGGGCCGCCAGCCGCCCGGGGAGCACAUCCUGAGCCAGGAGGCCGCCGCCGCCGCCAAGGGCAGGCCCGGCAGCGGCCAGGACGCGGCCUCCGGUGGCCCUGCGCGCGACGUCACGCCAGCGAAGCCGCGCCUGGACGUACCGUUCUGCCUGCAGAGAGUGAAGCCCGUGUGGCUGCCGAUCAAGGCGCACCGGUUCGCCGCGUACCGCGCCAAGGUGCUGCAGCUCCUGCCGCAGAAGGUUCUCCAGCAGUACAUAGACUUCGAGAAGCAGGGGCAGUACCCGGCGUGCGUCAAACUCUUGGAAUCUGCCACCCCAGGAACCCUGAACGUGCUUAGCCCUGCCACGCUGGCGCAGAACCAGCCACUCCUUGUAGAGACUGUCCUGCAGCUCAUCGUCGGCUACUCGGGCCUUUGCCUCAAGAACGGUCAGGGCAGUACUGCUGUCAAGCUGAUCACCCAGGCGCUGGACAACAUGAGCCUGUCGCUGCGUGACCUGCACCCCGGGCACCGCCUGGUGAUCGAGGCCUACCUCUACGACACGGCUCUCAGCGUCUGCUACUACAUGCCGAACGAUGUCUCGCUGUCGGACCGCGCAGAGUCGUUCUUCCAGCAGGCGUCGGAACGGUACUUGCGGCUGAAGCACAUACACGAGGGCCACCGCUCCGAGGCGGAGUACUACACGCAGCAGGCCGCCGCGGUGUGCGGCGGCUGGCCGGCAGGGUCGGGCGCUCUCUCGGGGGGCGCUGGGGCGCUCGAGCACCUCAGUUGGCUGCGGGGCCAGGCUGGACCGGCCGUCCCCGGCGCCUCGGGGCCGCCGCAAGGGCCCCGAGGUCUCCACGCUCCGAGCUUUUCGCGCGGUGCCCACGCCCCGGACCUGAUGCCCCGCGGCCAGCAGCCGCGCCGCGGCUCCCGGGGGCGGCGAGGCGCGGCGGCGCUGGAGUGCGCCCCUGGGGGCGCGGCCGCGCCCGAGCAGGCUGCGAGGGGCACCGGGGGCCGUGAAGCGCAUGCGCAGGCCCUGAACAAGCUCACCGACGCGCCCGUGUCCUCGCUCCUCGCCGUGUGUUACCACAACCUGGCGGUCGCCGGUGCUGCUGCGCAGCUGUGCAAGGCAUAA